UUCCCUCCACAAUUUCAAAUCUUUCAAAUUCCAAGCCAAAAAUCAAAUGGAGCAGAGCUACCAUUCCAAUUCCAAUUCCAAUUCCCCUAUAUAUUCCGAUCAUGACUCUCCUUCAUUCCCAUCUUACCAGAUCUCCUUCUUCCCAAACUUCCAACUCUUCUGCUCCUACCCCAUUAUUCAUCAAUGGCCUCCUCCAACAACUCAAUUCCCUUCGCCCGUACCAAUGAUUUUUCCCAAUCCGCUCCUCGCACUACUGGCGAGGUUCAUGUUAUUGUGGGACCAAUGUUUGCUGGCAAGACUACUGCUCUACUCCGUCGUGUCAAGUCUGAGGCUGACAAUGGCAGAAAUGUGGCGAUGAUAAAAUCCAGCAAGGAUAACAGAUAUGCAAUUGACUCAGUUGUGACACAUGAUGGGAUUAGAUUCCCAUGCUGGGCGUUGCCAGACCUGUCUUCAUUUAGAGCAAAGUAUGGAGAUGAUUCUUAUGAAAAGUUGGAUGUGAUUGGUAUAGACGAGGCUCAAUUCUUUGACGAUCUCUAUGAUUUUUGCUGCAAAGCUGCUGAUAAUGAUGGUAAAACUGUUAUAGUUGCAGGUCUAGACGGUGACUAUUUGAGGAGAAACUUUGGUUCAGUGCUCGAUAUUAUACCACUGGCUGAUACUGUAACUAAGUUGACAGCCCGUUGUGAACUAUGUGGCAAACGUGCCUUCUUCACAUGGAGGAAGACACAAGAGACACAGACUGAACUGAUUGGUGGGGCUGACGUGUACAUGCCUGUGUGCCGUUUCCACUAUGUCAAUGGACAAAUUGCCAUGGAAACUGUGAGAAGUGUUCGGGAACCUCGUAAAGUGAAGAGUGAGUCCUUUCUGGAGGUGGCUCCAGUUAUUUAGUGAUAUAAUCAUAAUGACUUGGUUUGUGUUAGGUAUAAGUUUAGUCAGUCUUUAUAGUGAAAGCCAAUUAGUGCCUUACAGAUAGGAUAACGUUGUUUUGAGUUGGAGCUCACGUGGUUUAGGUAGUAUUGUCUGUUCCAUUGUCUCGAUUUUAUGUAUAUAUGCAUUUAAGUUUCUUCUUGAUCUUUUAGAUCUGUACUUCUACUUUGAUCUGGAGUGGACUAUAGAAAGAGAUCAUGAGAGAGCCUGAACUGAGAUCCUUACAUGUUAUGACAAUUUAAAGAACUUCCAAUACC